CCCUUCCCCAAGAUGGCGCCGGCGCUCGGACGCUGAUUGCUCGGGCGUCGCGCGAGGCCCCGCCGUCGCCGCCGCCGCCGCCGUUCACUUCCGGCCGGCGGCGGCCGAUGGGGGAGCGGCCAUGGGGCGGCGGGAGCGGCCGGCGGCGGGGCGGGGCGGGGCGGGGGCCUCCCGCCAGCCGGCCUGAGGCAGACAGCUGCUGGCAGAGGGACUGCAGUUCUUCAGCGAGGCUGUUUUGAUAUCCGCUUCAAUCUUGGGGUAAAUUUAAGGAGAGCAACAGUAAAGACUGAAAACGGAGCUGCCUGCUUAGGCCGGGUUCGGCGUAGUGUGGCACAGAUAAAAGGCUUCAAAUCUGAGAGACUUGUAGUGGAUUUGUUUGAUCUCGUGCCUUCCCACUUGAGAGGAUCUCCACAGGAAACCGUGUGUGGCAGUUGGAGCUCGGGAAGGCAGCCUCACCGCCUGCUUCUGGAUGGUUCCCAGGCCCUAGUGCGAAGGCAUUAGUAUGCUGAGCAGGAGACAUCCUUGGGCAGGGGUACACAAAGGCCCUGUCUUUAUUUGCCAAAGAAUUGUGUUUAGAAACAGCUGCAGCAAAAAUGGUUUGGAGAAACAGAUUGAUGAGGCCGUAUGAAAGAGGAUGUAAACUGUGGGGGGGUUCAUACUAAGUUGCAGUCUGUGUUUAGAAGACUGAAGCUGUAUCCUGUAGGUCAUGCCACAAACCAGCGAGAAAGCAAAAGCAGAUACAGUCUGCUUGGUAAUCCUCUGCUUUAAUUUCUAGGCAGAACUUUGAGAAAUGCUUUUCUAUUCAUAGUGAGAAGUCACCACGUGUAUAAAUCUAUUGAAGUUGUAGUUUUGGCAUGGAAACUGUUCAAGUGUUGAAGUACUGAAUGGCUCCGUGACCUGAGAAGGGGAAGCUGGUGUACUUGUAUUUCGUUUUAGAGGGCAGAGCCUGGGACUGAAAAGUGACAUCCUGACUUCUAGAAGCAUCACAAACCCAGGAUGACUGGGGAGAAGCUGCUUUGGUUGACAGUCCAGAUUCCUGCGUGUUCGUUAAAAGAUGCCAGCACUUCCAGUCUAGUCAAUCAAGAUAGGAGGGCUGAGCCUGGAUCUGCUCUGUACUUUUGAGGUAGAUCUGGGGCAUACCACCUCUCUUCCCCCACUGCAAGGAGUCAUGGAGGACAAACGCAACAUCCCCAUCAUUGAGUGGGAGCACCUGGACAAAAGGAAAUUCUAUGUGUUUGGGAUUUGCAUGACUAUGAUGAUCCGGGUGAGUGUUUACCCGUUCACACUCAUCCGGACACGGUUGCAGGUUCAGAAGGGCAAGAGCCUCUACAACGGGACUUUUGAUGCUUUUGUGAAAAUCCUGCGGACAGAAGGGACAGCUGGGCUCUACCGUGGCUUUUUGGUCAACACUUUCACCCUGAUCUCUGGACAGUGCUAUGUGACAACGUAUGAGCUCACUCGAAAGUAUGUGUCACGGUACAACAACAACAAUGCUGUGAAGUCUCUCGUGGCAGGUGGCUCAGCCUCCUUGGUGGCCCAGAGCAUCACGGUGCCCAUCGAUGUGAUCUCCCAGCAUCUCAUGAUGCAGAGGAAGGGGGAAAGCAUGGGCAGGUUUAAGGUGCAGAACCAAAAUGGCAAGCGGAUGUUGGUCUUUGGCCAAACCAAGGACAUCAUUAUACAGAUUUUCAAGGCCGAUGGCUUUAGAGGCUUCUACAGGGGCUACGUGGCCUCGCUGCUCACCUAUAUCCCCAACAGUGCAGUCUGGUGGCCCUUCUACCACUUCUAUGCCGAACAGCUUUCGAGCUUGACUCCUAAAGACUGUCCCCAUCUCCUCCUGCAAGCUAUAUCGGGGCCACUUGCAGCUGCAACAGCUUCCACGCUCACCAACCCCAUGGAUGUCAUCAGGGCUCGGGUUCAGGUGGAAGGCAAGAGCUCCAUCAUCCUCACCUUCAGACAGCUCAUGGCAGAGGAAGGACCCUGGGGCCUGACUAAAGGCCUCUCUGCCCGCAUCAUCUCGGCGACUCCUUCCACCAUCGUCAUCGUGGUGGGGUAUGAAACUCUGAAGAAGCUGAGCCUCCGCCCGGAGCUGGUGGAUUCAAGACACUGGUAGAGCCAGCUGCUGGAAGAGAAACCGUCCUUUGAACCUGCUGAAUUUGGACCGUCACGGUUGAAAGCUCAGGAGAGGCAGCUGCCAUCUCCUUUGUCUCUAGCUGGUUUCACAGUACAAAGCAGAAGCAAGAGCAACUGCAAUUCACCUCUUUAGAUUUGAUUGUAAUACAAUGCUCUGCUGCUGUUUCUGCUUAAAACCAUCAAAAUGUGACCUUUGGCAAUGCUGUUUGCCUGUGACAGUUCAUUCAAAAGCAGCCAGGUGUGUGAAUGCAUCCUGGCAAGUUCUUAAUUCCCUUUUUUUUUUUUUUAAAUUAAAGACUUACUGGCUGAAGCAAAAAGCCAGUUUAUUCUUUAAAUUAUUUUCAUCGUUGCCAGACUUCCGAGGAGGGGAGUCUAGCAGCCUGCAGCAGAGCCCUCUGGUGGGUUGGGUGCUGAUUGCAGUUGUACUGUGGGAAGCUGGAAGAAUAGAAUAGACAAGUAAAUUCCUCCAAUCACCCACACUUAUUUCUAGAAGAUGUGAGAUGAGAGUAACCUGGAACCACUUAAGACCUUAUUUACUGCGUUUUGAAUAGAUCUGUACAUACCUUUUUUGUAUGUUCUUGGAAAAUGUUUCCUAUCUCUCAUCCUUCAAACAGCAAGCUGGCUGAUAGGCAAGCUAGGAGUUGAGCUGGCUGUUUGUAAUUAGCUGAUGGCAAUUUUGACACCUAACCUGUGUUUUUAAUCUGUUGUUAUUUAAUUUUUUUUAUUUUAGGGAAGCUGCUUCUGAUUUCUGGGGGACUGAGUGGUUGUUCUGUGGCCUUGUUCAAUGUGAGUGUCAAUACUGCAUGUUCAGGGUGGCUGCUGCCACUUCCCACCUUUAGUUAGUUUAAGCACAAACAAAUGCAGCGUUUGGAAGUGUCAGAUUGCUGUGCUGCCAGCAGCCGAGAGGAGAACUGAAUGUGAUUAGAGCUACAACUGGAUGUGAGGUGGGGAAGAAGAAAAAAGCUUGUACUGGCUUUUGAUCCAGUUCAAACCUGAUUGGCAUGUUCAUAUUGAAUAAGAAGUAAGGUUCACUAAUACUUUGUAAGUUUAAAUCCUGCUUAUCCUGUUUGGGAAGGGCAAGGAUAAUUCUUUGCACACUCUUGCUGGAUCAAAAUCCUGAGCUACGGUCUGUGCGUUUUACCAGAUGCAAACUUGCAAUCGAGUGAUGAAGCAAGAGGCUGCUCCGUGGGGAGGAGGAAUGAAGGGAUUGUUUAACUUCACUCUGCUGGUCUCAAUAUUUGAGAUUUUCCUCUCGUGAUGCCAGCGCACACAUGGUGCUCGUCUCGGUUAGUUGUACGUCUGCGAGGUGGGAGAUACACCUCCAAAUAACAGAUGUAUCGCCACCUCUGUUCAUCUCACUGCCGUAACAAGGAAUUCUUGGUUGUUAGCAUUGAUGCUGCCAAACUCUGGCUGCUCCCAGGCGGGUUUUAUUCACCUGGGACUUGCUAAGCGUGGUUCUUGCCUUCAUCCCAAUGGCUGCGGUUCAGCCCCGGCAGAGACUGGAUGUGCCACAGUUUCUGCUGGAGGUGGAACAAGUACAGGCAGAUGCUGCUGAAGCUGGAGAGGGACCUCUGUUUAAGGGCAGAACUUGGUUAUAAGAUCCAGUACUCUUUAAUGGGGUUGCAAAUGAGUCAUCAAGGGCCUGUUAAUCCGACCUUUGUUUUCCACAGCAUUAAAUAAGGUGAUGUAUGCCUGAGCCACUGACAGAGCUGUUCAAGCUCUGUCACGUUUUUAUCAUUCAAAAGACAGCUCCAGUUGGCUCUUUCUGUAAUAGCAGAUUCUGCUCUAAAAAGUAGAACAGCAGCAUGAUAAGAUUGCAAGAAAGUAUCCCGAGCUGGUAGCCCCCUUCUUGCACAAAGGCGGCAGCGAUACCGAUAUUAAAAGAAACAAUAACAACCAGCUUCUGCUGAUUACCAGCAGGGUAAGUCCUGGUGUGUGUCACAGAAGAGGCAGACGGUGCAAAUGUAGGGAGGUGCGCUCAAGCUUAAUAUUCCCCUCUUAACCAGCAAAGUUCUUGACAACUAAUAAACUUCAGAGACCUUCA